AUGUCAACAAAAACUUGGUUUCCUUUGGAAUCAAAUCCAGAGCUUAUGAAUUCAUAUGCAGGUAAAUUGGGUAUCGGAGCAGACAGCGCAUACGAAUAUGUUGAUGUUUUUGGGCUUGACGAUGAGUUGUUAGAACUAGUCCCUCGUCCUGUUGUUGGAGUGAUGCUUUUGUUUCCUCUCACAAAAGAAAAUCAAGAGUUACAAUCAAAAGAAGAUGCGGAGUCUGAAAAACAAAAGGAUACUUUCCCAAAAGAUUUAUUCUUCAUGAAACAAACGAUUGGAAAUGCAUGCGGAACUGUUGCAAUUGUACAUUCUUUGGCUAACAAUGCUGCUCUUUUAAAUAUUGACAAAGACAGUUUUUUGAAGGACUUUCUCGACGCUAGUCAGGGCAAAACUCCCGAUCAGAUUGCUCAAGCAUUAGAAAAGGACAACCGAGUCGAAGAAGCUCAUGCAAGUAGUGCUCUAUCUACACAAAACUCUUCUGCUGUAGUUGAAGAUACAAAUUUGCAUUUUGUUUGUUUCGUUGAAAAAGAAGGAAAAGUAUUUGAAUUGGACGGUCGAAGAAAUUACCCAUGCUAUAGAGGAGAGAGCUCGGGAGAUUUAUUGAAAGAUGUUGUGAAAGUUGUUCGUAACUACAUGCAACUCAAUCCAGAGCAGUUGUAUUUCAAUUUGGUUGCUUUGGCCAAGAAGCCGUAA